UGCCUUUAUAUACAUAGUACCUUUUAUUGAAUCACACCUUAAAAACACCCCGAUGCGCAGACAAAAGCCCUCGGUGGAGGAGCGGCGACGAGGUGAAGUGGCGCUGAGCGAGUUUGCUGAAUACGCCGAGCAACAACAAUCGCAUCGCGCCGCCCUGGUUCCUCCCAGCGACAGCGGGUACUCCACAGGGGCCCCCUCCAAAACCCACGACACCGAGACGGAGGACCAUGCGGAGCUGGAGAUUCUCGACCAGCUGAGCUUGUCUGAUGCUCCCAAAACCGUCAAGCUGAAAGAGCUGUUGCUGGGGACAGGCGACGGAGGCGACGAGAGCCUGCAACAACUCGCCAGCUUUCUGCAGGCCCGCAUCGAUGAGGGCCACGGCGAGACGAUCUUCGACCUGGGGCUCGAGGACGGAGGUGAGCCGAUGGGGUUCGAUCACGCGCAGUGGGAAACCGCCGUCCGGAGAUUACGCGAGACGGCGGACACACUUCCGGCGCAUUGCCGCAUCCUCAUGACGUACAACGUCGGAGGCCCACAGGAGUCUCCGACCAAGAAGGACGAUCGCUCGAAAGACGCCUGGGGCAAGGUCCUGAUCCGUCAGCCGGCGGACACCGUCGAGGAGAUGGCGGAGAUCCGGGUGGCGGUGGUGGGGAACGUGGACGCCGGGAAGAGCACCAUGUUGGGCGUCUUGGUGAAGGGCAACCUGGACGACGGCCGUGGUAGGGCGCGGGUUAACCUGUUCCGUCAUCAGCAUGAGAUUGAGAGCGGGCGGACCAGUUCCGUCGGGAUGGAGAUCAUGGGGUUUGACAGCCAUGGAGAGAUCGUCAGCAGUGCCCAUGGCCGGAAGGUCUCGUGGGAGGAGGUCGGGCGGCGAUCGGCCAAGGUGAUCUCCUUCUCUGACCUCGCGGGCCACGAGAAGUACCUGCGGACCACGGUGUUCGGGAUGCUUAGCAGCAGCCCCAACUACUGUCUCCUGAUGGUGGCGGCGAAUAAUGGACUGGUCGGGAUGAGCAAAGAGCACCUGGGGAUCGCGUUGGCGUUGAACGUGCCCGUCAUGGUCAUCGUCACCAAGAUCGACAUCUGCCCGCCGCAAGUACUCCAGGAGACCCUCACCCAACUGACCAAGAUCCUCAAGUCCCCUGGGGCGCGGAAGAUUCCCAUCAUGGUUAAAGACAUGGAAGAGACCAUCAACACCGCGGGCCAGUUCGUCAGCCAGCGCAUCUGCCCCAUCUUCCAAGUCUCCAACGUGACGGGGGAGAACCUGGACCUGGUGCGCACGUUCUUGAACAUCCUGCCGCACCGCGGCCACUACAACGACGAGGCGCCCUUUGAGUUCCUCGUAAACGACACCUUUUCGGUGCCGCACGUGGGGACCGUGGUGUCUGGCGUGGCCAAGUCGGGCGUCAUCCACGCGGGGGACACCGUGCUGGUCGGGCCCGACUCCCUCGGCCAGUUCACCACCACUACCCUUAAGUCCAUCGAGCGCAAGCGGAUACCCGUCAAUACCUGCCACGCGGGCCAGUCCGGGUCUUUCGCGCUGAAGCGCGUCCGACGGAAGGAGGUGCGCAAAGGGAUGGUGGUUCUCAAAAAGCUGGACCAGCCCCCGAAGGUCUACCGAGAGUUUAUUGCGGAGGUGCUUAUUCUCUCCCACGCAACGACCAUCAAACCCCGCUAUCAAGCGAUGCUCCACGUAGGAGCGGUCAGCCAGACCUGCUCCGUUAUCGACAUCGACCGCCCGUUCAUCCGCACCGGGGACCGCGCCGUGGUUGCGUUCCGGUUCGUCCAGCGACCCGAGUUCCUCGCUCCCGGAGACCGGGUGCUCUUCCGGGAGGGUAAGACCAAGGGUCUGGGGAUUGUGAAAAGUGUGGGGUAUGACCCCAACCAGCCUCUCAACGUGGAGGCCAAACAAGCGUAUGAGAGCAAGAAUGGCUGAAUGCCAGCUUGAGCCUGGGGCUGUUUCUAUCUUUUCAGUUUUACCUUUUGAUUUUUCUUCUCUUAUCUAUGCGUUGGUUUGUUGCGUUGUGUUUUUAUUUAUUUGGCGGGCUUCGGUAUUGUGUUUACGCAAAUUGCUUGUUCUUUGCUCCUUGUCUUCCGGGAUAGAUUUCAUUAUAUCUCUGUUGUUUGACUUAUGCUGUACAGAAUACGGUCUAGUGCAAGUUUGUUCAUUGAUUUCCAUGCUACAAGCUUAUGACACAAC